GGAGCAUCACAGCAUUGUGCCGCAGUUAUGCGUCAUUUUUGAGAACGCUUGGAAUCGGCGAUCAUCGUCUGUGAUGUGUUACAUCAUCUGUGCAUUAGAUCAGCAUGGACAACACCCAACCUGCACCACCAGUGACUGACCAGAGCAGUCAGCAGCAAACACCAUGUGAGGUCAACAAUGACAUGGCAAAUGACCACUGCCAUGAAAUGUCAACUGGAGGCAAUGGCGGCGCAUCCAACACCAGUCCCAUUUCUCCACUGGUGCCUUUGGCUGCCAGUGACUGUGUGGGGAGCGAGGCGGACCGUUCCGCCGCAUCAGACGACAUAACACCAUCGGAGUCCUCCAGCCCGGCGUCCGACGGCCGGUCGGACGGGCGUGACCGGGAGCCCGCAGCCCCCGAGGAAGUGGAUGGCGAACAGAGGCCGCCGCCGCCGCCGGUGCCGCCGCCGGACACGAACCACCGACAGCCGGCGGCCGGCGAGCCGGACGGCCCACUCAGCCAGGAGCUGGCCGACUGCAGCAUCGACGACAGCCCGAUCAUCUACAGCAAUUACGAGAGCGAGCUGCAAAUGCCGGAGAUCAUGCAGCUGAUCCAGCGCGACCUCUCCGAGCCUUACUCCAUCUACACUUACCGCUACUUCAUCAACAACUGGCCCAAUCUCUGCUUCCUGGCGCGCCACCGCGGCCGCAUCGUCGGCGCUAUUGUCUGCAAGCUGGACUCGCACGACUCGCAUACGAAGCGCGUGGUGACCAGCCGCGGCUACAUCGCCAUGCUGGCCGUCGACCAGCGCUUCCGGAAACGUCGCAUCGGGUCGUGUUUGGUGCUGAACGCCAUCCGUGCCAUGGCCUCGGACGCUGCCGAUGAGGUGGUCUUGGAGACGGAAGUCACCAACAAGGGGGCGCUGCGUCUCUACGAGAACCUGGGCUUCGUUCGCGACAAGCGGCUGUUCCGGUAUUACCUGAACGGCGUGGACGCGCUGCGGCUCAAGCUCUGGCUUUGGCCGCCGUAACCGGCCGUCGCUACUGCGGGACCGCAUUGCCCGAAGCCCUGGAAGCCUGGACCUUCCGCCGGGCCGCGCGGACGAACCAAAGCUCUGCUGCGGAUUUGGUCCAUCCAGUGUGCGCCAGAUCGGGAAGGAUACGGGCACAAGCUCGAGCUUAGGCAUGGUUUUGGUAGCAGCUUUUUGUACUGCAGCAGGUCUGUACUGGUACGGUACGGUCGGAGGUCGGCGUUGUGUGUGCUGCAUGACGUGGGUGGCCAUCUGACUUCGGGGACUGGCCGCGUGGCUCGUCAUGUUCCCUUCGGAAGGCCCCAUGAUACGUGGACUACUUGAAGUAGGCACUGUCCAGUGCGCAGUGCACCGAGCACUUGGCAGUGAUCUCCAUGACUUGCAGUGACCAUCCGUUUGGUGAUAUAACGGACAAACGACGACGGAUGGGACUCAAAACUGCAGGGGGUUCACUGACAUCUUGCUGUCCCAGUGAUAGAGCAGGGACUGCAGCUGCUCAUCACCUGCGGGUGAACCCUGUUCGGUACUUGCGCCGCCCGUGCGACCGUGCCGAGGUCAUGAUGCCGUGUGGUCCUGUAUUGACUGGGAGUUAAAUACAGUGGGCCAUGUUU